GCCACCCUCCACGCCUCAUGCCUGCACCCUUCAAAAUAAAAUCCCAUUUUCAGCUUUAUGGGUUCCCUUUUCAAGCAUCUCAAUCUUCCAAACGCCAAGAACUGCUUCAUGUCAAACAAGUUCUACUGCAUGACCAUGAGGAUCAACAUCGACUGCAAUGGCUGCUAUCGAAAAAUUAGAAGAGCCCUUCUUCAGAUGCAUGAGUUGGAGAGCCAUUUGAUAGAGAAGAAGCAGUGCAGGGUGAGUGUGUGUGGAGAAUUCAUUCCGCAGGAUGUGGCGAUAAGGUUGAGGAAGAAAACUAAUCGACGAGUCGAGAUCUUGGAGAUCAAAGAAGUCGACAUGAACCCUGAAAGCAACACAGUUCAGAAGCCUCCAUAAGCUAAUUAUUCUGAUGAAUGUAAUGGGUUUCAAUUGUGUAUAGCAAUAGCAAAGCAUGUGAUAAGGCUUAUGACCCAUAAUUAGGAUUCUAAUGCAAAUUGUUCAUGGAAGUUGGAAGAGUUGAAAAUUCUCAUGAUUUGUUAAACAGGACAAGCACUGGUGUCUUCUAAAGAUGGAAUCAGGGACUAGUGAUAUAUAAAUCUGAAGGAGAAGAUUUAUGCUUAUUUGAUGGUGAGAGAAUUUCUAUUUUUAUUCAUGAAAAUAGAAAAGAAGUUCUUUUU